CCAGUUUCUCCCUCCAGUUUCUCCCUCCAGUUUCUCCCUCCAGUUUCUCCCUCCAGUUUCUCCCUCCAGUUUCUCCCUCCAGAUCCUCUCUUCGGUUCUUUUCCCCUUGAUAUGGUUUCAAAAAAACCUCGGAAGCCACUUUCUCAUGAAGAGGCAUGGGCAAAGAUUGAGAUCAUGAGACAUGUCUACCAAAACCAUCAGGAACAAAAAGCUGAAAAGUUCAGCAAGACUGAAUCUCAACGCACUAUAGUCAAGAGAAUGAAACUACGGCAACGCUUAGAACAGAUACGCGCAGAGUGCAGUCCAUAUGGCGAAGAUGCUGUACGUCUUUGCUGCCGUGCUCUUACGCAAUCCUCAAUAGUCGACAUGAACAAACAUCAGUGGUCCCUUUUCAUGAAGAGAUUGGAGAAGGAAAAGACGGGGCCGAUGUUCAAUUUUAGGGGUGAUAUCAGAUAUGAUCAUGCAUCACUCAAUGGCAUCGCAACCAUAUUCGAGGAAGGAUUUUGCAACUCCAUUAGCAAAACCUUAAUUCAGAGGGAGGAACUAUAUAUUCCCGUGGCAGCCGUGACAAUGAUAUUCCCUCGCUGGAAUCGGGAUCCUUGUGUUUUGAUGGUCGAUAUAGCGAAGGGAGCAACGGAUCUUGCUACGGAUCUAUUCGAAACCACUUACCAGCUGGUGGGAGACGUUUGGCACAUGAGCAUUACAAGUGGUCCUAGCCUAGCUCUUGCUGCCACAGAUAACGCGACUAUGACAAUAAGUGGUGCCAAGAAAGAAGCUAUCCUAAAGGUCUUUGGCUCCAGAGUACUGGAGGCUUUGGAUGACAUCGUACCAGAAGGCUCAGAAAAUUGGAGAUCAAAAAGUGUAUCUAUGACAUUCCGAAAGCAGGGCGUGAUUUGCCAGGUUGCCCUCGACCCAAUGCGUGCUGUUGGUUUGGCCAAAAUGCUAUAUGUCUAGGAAUAGACCACUUUGACUUUCCCGUAGGUGAGAUACACGCUAGUACCCAGCUCUAGCCUUAGUUUGCCGUCGGACGUGGUGUCACCGUGUAGUGUCUUCUUUGCUCGACCACUGUGGUCGGUUUCCGUGAUUGAAGCAAAAGAGUUCUGCCAGUAGACAGUCUCCUUUCCUGUGCCGUGUACAGUCAACACUUUGUUUUCGCCAACCCCAUCGAAGAAGUUAGGGUCUGUGUCUAGCGGCUCUACUUUGAAUCCCAUCGGAAGACAAGUGCAUGCGCAGCAAUCCAACACCGACUGUGAAAAAUACUCGUGUUGAGAACUUAGUAGAAAGGUUCUGAUCAAGUUGCUUGAUUUGGUAUUGUGACUGCAAUGAUAUCACAGUAAAGUGCUACUUCUGUGGCGCCUUCAGAGUCUUGUGAGGUCGUUGAAAAUGGUCAAAGAGCAAGAAGG